AUGUCUUCUCCGACCAGCAAAGUCUUCCAGACCUACGAACUGCUGGAGCGCAUCCUCCUCUUCCUCCCCUUCCAUGACCGAUUCGUAGUCCAGCGAACAUGCCGGACAUGGCGCUCACUCAUCCAUCGCUCCAAGAUCAUCCGGCAGGAGAUGUAUCUCGCGCCCGCCGGCUCACCCUUGAAACCCAUCGAGGACGCGUACAACGUCUACGCGGGAAGAACGCGGUCCCUCUACCGCCCGACCCCAGUACGAUUGAAUCUGGCAGCAGAAGUUCUGGGUCUCAUCAACGAACCGUCAGGCCGUGGACACCGGAUCCCCCUCGCGACGUUCGGCGUCUCGGACCAGAAUCUCUUCUUGCAAUUCGAUAUCAAAGGCAUGCCCGUCUACGAGACCAAGAUCGCACAUGAAGCAGCCUCCUGGAGACGGAUGCUCCUCACUCAACCACCCAUCACCGCCGUCAAUUUCGAAUUCAUCCGACGAGAUCCGCACGGUGGCGCCGUUACGGUGUACAAUCCCAGCGGCGUGACGUUUGGGGAUCUACAUGAGAUGUCCUUGAAGCUGGCUAGGGAAUUUGAGCUGGUUACGGGUGAGGACUCGGAGCUCACUUUUGAGAAUAUGAGUUUUUGUCUUUUCCAUCCAUUCACCGAGGAUGGGAUGGAGGAGGCUUGGUGA